AUGGCUGAAUCACACAGAUUAUACGUUAAAGGUAAACACUUAUCAUACCAACGUUCUAAAUCAGUCAAUAACCCAAAUGUUUCAUUAAUUAAAAUAGAAGGUGUUGAUGCCACCAAAGAUGCUAAAUUUUACUUAGGUAAAAGAAUCGCUUACGUUUACAGAGCUUCCAAAGAAAUCAGAGGUUCAAAAAUCAGAGUUAUCUGGGGUAAAGUUACCAGAACUCACGGUAACAGUGGUGUUGUCAGAGCUACUUUCAGAAAAAACUUACCACCAAAAACCUUCGGUGCUUCCGUUAGAAUUAUGUUAUAUCCAUCAAAUAUUUAA